GAAGCCUAUGCGAUCCAUAUGGAUAGGCUAUGGCCCAAUUCUAUACAAUACCCUCGCAUAACGAAAGAGCAUCAAUGGCUUGGUCUGGGCCCAAUAUCGUCGUUGGCGAAACUGGAAGCUAACUGGUAGAAGACGGAGAGGAAGAACAGAAGGGUAGUAGUUUUAAAUCAAUCAAAUGUUGAUUCUGAUAAAAUAAUAAUUAUACAUCUACAUCCCUCCCUCCAGAACCCUACAGAUCCGAUAUAACUCCUUCUCUGCAAGAAACUAAACUUAUGCACGAUCAUUUGCUAUUUUGUUAACUUUUACAAUGAGAGUAUCAUCAGCCUCCGCAGACGACCGCUCUGCCACUCUAAGCGGCGGAGGAUUCAGAGAUGCAGAGACACUAUUCCGUUCCAAAACCAUUUCGGAAAUACGCAAUGUGGAAGCCACCACCAGAAAACAGAUCGACGAUAAGAAGGAGGAGCUCCGUCAAUUGGUUGGCAACCGCUACAGAGACCUCAUCGACUCAGCUGACUCUAUUGUCCUCAUGAAGUCAUCUUGCCAUUCCAUCUACUCUAAUAUAGCUUCCAUCCAGACUAACAUUACCUCCCUCUCUGCAUCUCCUGUUUCCCAGACCCCCAAAUUCACCAACCCCAAUCCUGCUCGUCUUAGAAUCUACGGGAUCGCCUGUCGGGUCAAAUACUUGGUCGAUACUCCCGAGAACAUCUGGGGAUGCCUCGACGAGUCCAUGUUUCUCGAAGCUGCUGCCAGAUACAUUCGAGCCAAGCAUGUCCAUUUCAAUCUCAAUUCAACUUCUGACCCCAAGAUCCUCUCUAAUUUCCCUCUCUUGCAGCACCAGUGGCAGAUAGUUGACAGCUUCAAAGCUCAGAUUUCUCAGCGCAGCCGCGAGAGGCUUUUGGAUCCAGGCCUCCAAAUAGGUGCCUAUGCUGAUGCUCUGGCUGCCGUUGCUGUCAUUGAUGAGUUAGACCCCAAUCAGGUACUCGCUUUGUUUCUUGAUACUAGAAAGUCUUGGAUUCUCCAGAAAUUAUCUACUUUUGGCUCCACUGCUCCCCCCACUUCUGAGGUUGUGGUUCCUGUGUUUUGUGAAGUUGUUAAGAUCAUUCAAGUCAGUGUAGGCCAGGUAGGCCAAUUGUUUUUACAAGUCUUGAAUGAUAUGCCUCUCUUUUACAAAGUUGUCCUCUCUUCCCCUCCCGCCUCUCAACUGUUCGGCGGAAUUCCUAAUCCCGAUGGGGAGGUCCACAUGUGGCAAUGCUUUAGGGAUAAACUUGAGUCUUCUAUGCUUUCUCUUGAUAAGCACUACAUUGCGACCACUUGUAUGGCUUGGUUGAGAGAUUGCGGUGCACAGGUCGUCACUAAGAUUCAUGGUAACUUCCUGAUUGAUUCUAUUGCUACUGGCCGAGAGCUUGCCUUAGCCGAGAAAUUGAUCAGAGAGACUAUGGACUGUAAGCAAGUCUUGCAGGGGAGUUUGGACUGGCUCAAGAGUGUUUUUGGAUCCGAGAUUGAGUUGCCCUGGAGUAGGAUCCGAGAGCUAGUUCUAGAAGAUGACUCCGACCUCUGGGAUGAGAUUUUUGAAGAUGCUUUUCUUCAGAGGAUGAAAACCAUUAUUAGCUCUGCCUUUCAGGAUUUGGCCACAGGUAUUCAUCUGGAGGACUCCAUUUCUGCAAUUGGAGGCACCACUGGCCAACAUAUUGACUUCCAGGCAUACUUGAACAGACCUUCCACCGGUGGUGGGGUUUGGUUCAUAGAACCCAAUGCUAACAAGUCUACUCUAGUCUCUGGUUAUAAGGCAUCGCCAGAAGAAAAUGAUUUCCAGAGUUGUCUUAGUGCUUACUUUGGUCCUGAAGUUAGUCGAAUCAGAGAUGCUGUGGACAGUCGUUGUCAAAGUGUUCUCGAAGACUUGCUGAGUUUCUUAGAAUCUCCGAAGGCAGUACUCAGGCUAAAAUAUUUGGGGCCUUUCUUACAAGAUAACUGUUACAAUAGCGUGUCAAACAUAUUGGCAGAGCUCAAGGCAGAGCUUGAUAAGUUAUAUGUUGCCAUGGAAAGUGCCAGCAAAGUAAAUCCAUCUGUAUCUCCUGCUAUAGUUGUCGAGAGAUCCCUUUUUAUUGGGAGACUCUUGUUCGCAUUUCAUAGCCACAUAAAACACAUUCCAGUGAUACUUGGUUCUCCAAGGUUUUGGGAAAAAGAUAAUAUGGCUGCAGUUUUUGACAAGUUACCGUCUGUGUUGAGGCAAUCUAGACUUGCCACUGAUUCUUUCCUUGCUGAUGCUCCUGGAAGGACGCCCACUGGCUCUAGACGACAGACUUCUUCUGCCACUGCUGCUUUGCUAGGUGCAGCUGAAAAAGCAAACCCUAAACUUGAAGAACUAACCAGAACCUUAAAGGAUCUUUGCAUCAGAGCUCACAACUUAUGGAUAUCCUGGUUAUCUGAUGAGCUUUCAGCCAUUCUUUCUUGGGAUCUUAGAAAGGAUGAUGGAUUGUCGGCAACAACUCCCUUGAGGGGUUGGGAUGAGACAGUAGUCAAGCAACAACAAUCUGAUGAGAACCAUUCUGAAAUGAGAAUAUCACUCCCAUCCAUGCCUUCUCUCUACAUUAUCUCGUUUUUGUUUCGAGCAUGUGAAGAAAUUCAUAGGAUAGGUGGUCAUGUGCUUGACAAAUCAAUUCUGCAAAAAUUUGCAGUAAGACUACUUGCAAAGCUUAUUGAAAUUUAUGAGGAUUUCCUUUCUGCUAGAGAGGCUCAUGAAUCUCAGGUGUCAGAGAAAGGAAUUCUGCAAAUUCUGUUAGACCUAAAAUUUGCUGGAGAUGUUCUCUCUGGAGGUGAUCCCAAUAUCACUGAGGACUUUUUUAAAACUCCUAAGGUGAAGGUUUCUUUCAGAAGGAAACAGGACCAAAGCCUAGCAAAGUCAGUAUUUAGAGAGCACAUUGAUGGGUUAAUCAAUCGUUUUUCACAAAAGUUGGAUCCAAUAGACUGGCAAACGUAUGAGCCGUACCUUUGGGAGAAUGAGAGACAGUCGUACCUUCGACAUGCAGUCCUCUUUGGGUUCUUCAUGCAACUGAAUCGGAUGUACACAGAUACUGUGCAGAAACUGCCUUGUAAUCCAGAGUCAAAUAUAAUGAGAUGCUCUACUGUUCCUCGUUUCAAAUACCUUCCAAUCAGUGCACCAGCAUUAUCUUCAAGAGGAACAACUAAGCCAUCAAUUCCAGCAGCUUCAGAUGAUAUCACUUCAAGAAAUACCUGGAAAGCCUACAGCAGUGGCGAGCUUUCACAAAAGAUGGAUUUGGAUGACAACUCAAGUUUUGGAGUAGCAGCACCUAUUUUGAAGUCUUUUAUGCAGGUUGGCAGCAGGUUUGGAGAGAGCACCUUAAAGUUGGGAUCCAUAUUAACUGAUGGGCAAGUAGGCAUAUUCAAAGACAGAUCAGCAGCUGCAAUGUCGACGUUUGGUGAUAUUUUACCUGCCCAAGCUGCAGGUCUUCUUUCAUCUUUUACAGCAACCAGAUUGGACUCUUGAUUUCUACUGGAUCCUUCUGUCCUCUUAUGUCCCCCAUAUAGCUGCGCAUGCUAUUUCCAUAAGAGCACUAAGAAAUCCUCCAAAGGAAGGUUAAAUAUCAGAGUGUUAAGUCACCUUGACCUAGUGGAAAGGUUAUACAAAUGGCGCGUAUAAAAGGAGUUGGAAAAUUCGGAGGUGAAGCAAGGGGCAUUGAAAGUUGUGGAGAAGUGAAAUAUGAACAAAAUGGAAAAUAAGGACGUUUGAAUGGUGCAAGUGGGAAUCGUAAGAAGCCAUUCUGUUUAUCAGUCUGUACUCGAUAUGAAGCCAUAAGACACUAUUGCAGUAUGAAGAAUAUUAGAGAUUGGUAUUUUGAAUUUUGUCUUGUAUAUAAGGAGGGACUAUUGUCUACCAAUAUUACGAAAAGGGCAAAAUUUUCUUAUAGUCCAGGGUUGAUAAUGGAGCUGAAUAUUUGUGGGGUCUUAAUUUUCUUUGGGUAGAAGGUGCUCCAUAUGGAAUGGUGGCAUUGGCUUGUGCAAAAGCUGUUUAGUUUGAAGAUUUUGGUUCUGCAGUCACGAGAGGCAUUCUUAAUUGAUUUGUUGGACUUAGUUGCAGGAAACCUUGGGAGUUAGGUUUUGGUUUUGGGGGAUGUUAGAUGACUGUCACAGCUAUCGGCUAUUUCAGAGCCUAUGCAGUGUAAAAGGUUUUUUUUUUUUUGAAAAGUAUAGAUUAGUAACCCUGGAGGCGUUUGCGGUUUUCCCCUUGAGUGAAUUGCUUUAGCUUGUACUGUAUCUGAUUCGUUACUCAGUUUAAAUAGACCGCCUGUGUAUUUUUCUCAUAUAUGCAAUCUUUGGAAUA